AUGGCGCAAACUUUGAACGACCGGCCGAAGGGAAGCACUUCCACGUCGGAUGGACGCGUCAUCCUCCACGUGGAUCUUGACUGCUUCUAUGCCGCGUGUUAUCUGAUCCCAUCCAUGCGCGCCUGCUUCACAGGUGGAGGCAGUGCGGCUCGGUAUUCCCAGGGACACACCCCUGGCCGUGCAGCAGUGGGAGAGCUGCAGCUGAUACACGUGGAGACGGUGGGGGGGGCGCCAGGAGCGGGGCGCAAUGCAGGAAAAGUCUCACUGGAGCGCUACCGGGCUGCCUCUCAGCGCGUGUUCUCUGCCUUCCGCCGCGUGUGCCCCACUGUGGAGCGCGCGAGCAUUGAUGAGGCAUACAUGGACGUGUCUGCCACGGUUGUUGCCAUGCUGUCACGCGCACCCCCUGCAGUCCCGCCUGCACCAGAUGAGCCCUGCGCCGCCACAGGUGCCUCCUCCUGGGCUGCUGCCUGGGACGAGCAGUGGAGGGCGCUGUUAGAGAGUGUGACUGAAGUGAAGGUAGGGAGUGUGACUGAAGUGAAGGCAGGGAGUGGGGCUGAGGUGGAGGUAGGGAGUGGGACUGAGGCGAAGGCAGGGAGUGGGACUGAGGCGAAUGCAGGGAGUGGGGCUGAGGCGAAGGCAGGGAGUGGGACUGAGGCGAAUGCAGGGGAUGCACCUGAAGUGAAGGGUGAGGAAACUGAGGGAGGUGGUGAUGGGGAUGGAACAGGUGGGGAAGGUUUAGGGGAGGAAGGGGAGGGGAAGGAUGGGGUGCAGCAGCGGGUGGGGGAGACGAAGAGAGAGCAUGCAGGGGCAGAGAGCGGAGGAGCAGCACUGGCGGUUCCCAAGGCACGGCUGGUGGUGAAAGAGGGUCCUCUGGACGCACGUGACAAUGUGGAGAGGAGCACUGGCACUGGCGGUUCCCAAGGCACGGCUGGUGGUGAAAGAGGGUCCUCUGGUCUGGACGCACGUGACGAUGUGGAGAGGAGGCUGCAGGCAGGAGUGGUGAUAGCGCACCGGCUGCAGCAGGAGGUGCUGUCAUCGUUGGGGUAUACGGUCAGCGUGGGAGUGGCGCGCUGCAAGCUGCUCGCCAAGAUGGCCUCUGCCAUGACCAAGCCGUUUGGGAUCACCGUGGUGAGACGAUGGCAGGUGUAUCAGGUAAGUUGA